AUGGAGGGCCCCUGGGGAGGGGGCAACCCCUUCCUGCACAGGUGCCUGCUGCGGGGGGACUUCAUGGCGUUCUUCGCAGAGCUGGAGAAGACGAAGAACUUGUUUGAACGCGACCGGGGCGGGCGGACUGCGCUGGACCUGGCGCUGCAGCUGGCGGCGGAGCUGUUUCAAAGCUGCUUCAGCACUUCGUUUGCGGUGGACAGCGGUGGUCUGGUCCAGUGGUCCGCGUGCAGCUGCGCGGCGUGCGCGCACCGCCGCCACCGCAGCAUGCGCGACGGCGCCGGCGAGGCCGCCCGCGAAGUCCACUGCAAAAACCCUUUUCGCGUCAAAUAUAAUGAACAAUACUUAAAUAUGUACUCCCAGCCCAGACAAAUGCGCCUCGAGGCCGAAGUCAAGCCCCCGGUGCCCGCGCUUCCCCCCAAGUUCAAGUUCACCCCCGUCGAGUACCCCCCGGGCUGGACCCCCGACGCAGCUUCGCCCGCGCCGCGGCCCCGAGGACCGCGGGGACCAGUGGACCACUCCGGGGCGGCGUUUCCCCUGCCCUCCGGCGCCGUGGGUCCCGUGCCCAGCGGCGCAGCGCCGCAGCAGUACUUCUACCCCUGCGAAGCCGAAGGGCCAAACCUGGAGGGCAGCCGCCUGCAACUUGAACAACUGAAGCUGGAGAACAAAAUGGUGCAGCGGGAAGUGCUGGUGCUGGUGGAAGAGGUGUGUUCGGGGCCUCUGUGCGAGACGAUGCGGGCGCGCAUGCGGCGGCUGCUGCGGAAGCUGCGGUCGCUCUUGCUGGUUUUGAAGCGCCUCGGAAGCUGCAACAUGCUGCGCAUUAAAGCCACAGAACAAGCCGUGGAGUCGGGGCUGCUGCAGCAGAAGAUCACUUACCCUUUCCUCUACACCGCGCUGCUGCACAGGGCUUUCAAGCAGUACCCCAACGGGCCCAACGGACAGCCGUUUGACCCGCUGAACCCCGCGGACGGCCGCCGCAUGGUUCAGCUUCUCGUGAACUACCAAAUGCCGGGCUUUGAAUUGGUUCUUUUCCUCGGAAACUUGACGGCUCUAUUUAGCGACUUUGUUUCGUUUUUCGCGCAAGACGACGUGCGGAUCUGGCGGCCGUGCAAGGAGGUGCAGCAGUACUACUUGCACAUGGCGUUCUCGCUCGACAGCGCCGAUCUUUUCAAAUUCAUCAUUAAUUACGGACAACUUCUCUUCGUGGGAAACGCAGACGUCUUCAAAUGGGAAGAUCUUCUUUAUGUUCUCAUGGAGCACCGAGACAAGUUCCGCCCCUACUUCUCCCCCCUGCUGGCCUCCCGCCUGAAGAGCCGCGUGCAGAAAAGACUUGUUGAAGAAGGAUCUGCAAAAGAAAUUCGCAAAAAGUUCCCUCCAGAGCCGGUGAAGUACCCGUGCGAAGAGCGGCUUUUGACGCAAAAGGUGCUGAGCGAAUUUGGAUCUCUUUUUGGAAACGAAGAAGCCCAAGAGCUCAGCGAGCUGCUCAGCAGGUGGAAGUACGGAGCAGCAAGGCCCCAGGAGGAAGCAGCAGGCUUCUCCCGCAGCAGCAAACUGCAGCAGCAGCAGCAGCAGCAGCAGCAGCAGCAGCGCAGGCCGUUCAGAAGUUACGGAGGCGCCGCCGCCUCUCCCCAGGCCUUCUGGGCGUAG